AUGCAGUGCGCGGGCCGGCGGGGCGGAGGGGAGCCCACGGCCCGGGUUUCCGCUCGCACCGAGACCCGGGCGCAGAGCGAGUGCGUCCCCACCAGCCUGGCCGCCGCGGGAACUCGGGGACCGGGAGGGCGGGGGUUAGCGGGAGGAAAGGGUAAGCUGAAGAGGGGCUGGGAACGGGAGGGAGGCUCGGGGCGAACGGGCCGUCGCGUUCAUUUCCAUAAGAAAGCUGAAAUCGCAGUUGGAAGCAGGAUUUCUCGCCCCUGCAGCCCUUCCCCCAUACCCGGUUUUCUGCAAGAAGCGGGCUCCGGAGCUCAGAGCCCGAAGUGUGUGCUCUGGUCUUUGAUGAUGUUAAUAAAAUGUGGUUUCAAAUGUUGUCCCGAAGAGGCCGGUUUCCUGUCUGUAUGUGGAAUGGAAGGACCGUGCCGGAGUUGUGUUCUCACCACCCACUUUGUCGGCGGAGGAGAAACACCCCUGCCUGAUGGGUUCCUGCACCUGCUCCUAGCCCUGAACUCGGGCCGUGAGCUCCUAACUGCCGCCUGCUCUGCGCUGAGCCCCACUCCUGAGACCGCGAAGUGCCAGAGCAGCGCCUCUCCCACCAACUCCUAGACGCCUGUAGGAGCUUCGCCGGAGCCUUCAGAACCCCGUGGGGGUGUGGGGGUGAAAUUGGAGGUCAUCCGGGUGAUUUUUUCUUACUUUUUCCCAAUUGUUCUCCUGCGUUGAUUUCAACUCUUCCAGUCUCCCGGUGCUGGGGCGCCAAUCCUUUACCACCAAUUCCUACCCACCAGCUGGAGGUCGGGGCCCAGGGUCACCCCAGAGUUCUAUGGUGGCAGGGGGCGCCGAGUAGAGGGGCGGGAGGAGCUGGGUCCUCGGGAACCAAAGGGGACCUCAGCGGGGGCGGAGUGCGCAGCCUUGGCUGCUGGGAAAUGCCCAACUAGCCGCUGUGAGUGCCCACAGCGCGUCGUGGGGGCGUCCGUUCUGCAGCUCGGGUGACUCAGAAGCCCCGCCAACCCCACCAGCUCCCGGCUUCUCGAACGCUCUUCUGCUCGUCCAGCGGGGAGACUUCAGGGCCUGCCUCGUCAGGCCAGAUUGCAGCCCGCGACCUUCCCGGAUCAACCAAGGGCGAGGCAUGUUGCCCAGCAAGGCUGCCGCCUAACUGAGCCUCCCGGGGAACAGCCAUGACCAAAGCCCCGCGGGCCCAGGCGCGGGCACCUACCCCUACCCGCGCAGGCCUGUGGGAGCGCAGGGGCCGAGGCCGAGACGCUGGACUUCAGCUCCACACCUCUGACAACCCGGGAACGUCUGCGGAGCCCGGGGGAACAAUCAGCGGGCUCUGCGUCCCAGGAGCUGGGACACGCCUGCAAGGUGUGUGAUCCUUUAAAGAUCCUUAGUACUAGUUUUGUAGGGAGCCUUUGUUAUAGCUUUGUCAGCCUGCGCGCCUUCAGCAGCUCCCCCUCCCGGGCCCCUCGGUUCCCUCCGGGCUCGCCCCCAGCGGAGAGGGCCUGGCGCAGGGGAUCUGCCCAGGAUCAACUGCCCUCUUCCAGCUCCCCUUCUGCGAGAUUCUUUUCCUUUGGUUACAAUCUCCCCUCCGUGCCUGGGGCAGAUAAACACGGUUCGCCCCGCCUGCAGUAUUGGGGCGAUGCUGUACUGGAAGAACAGGCUUUCUGAAUGUGACCUCGGGAUGCUGCAGCGGCGCAAUACUGUUACUGCUGAAUGAGUAGCUCUCCUGCCACCGCAGGGCGACUGCGGUGGGCACAGCAGGGCGCACAGAGGAAGGGGUAAUCUGCCCUCCUAGGCUAAGGAUUUGAGGGUUCUGACAAAAAAGAGCUGGUUGAGGAUGACACAGCUGUGAACUAACCUGGCUCCUACGACCCCACAGGGAAACCAGGUACCAGUAGUCUUGGGUACCACUGUCCCCACCAUACCACCAUUGUAAAGUAUGGACUCCUGCUUAGCCAAGGUGCAGCUCUAGGCAGGAUCUCUGAAGGAUGCUCUGGCACAGAGGGUGCAGGUAUGACUUUACCUGCACACAAGCUUACAUGUGCCCUGUCAUAUAUGGCUACACGUUUCCCCAUUUCCCCACAGUCUUCCUAUUUAACUUGUCUUCAUUCCUCCUUUCUAGGGCUUUCCGCCUGCACACAGUCAUUUGGAGAAAAUCAAGUGAGUGCACCUCUCCCCACAGAGGAUUCUGUAUGUUAUGUAACAAACUCACACUGGGAUUCCUCAAGUUACCAUUUUGCCCCAAAUCAGCCAGCACUUGGUUUUCUGGCGGGGGUGUCAGGAUGAUGCAAAUGGAGGUGGAAGCUUCAUUCCCUGGGGGCUUUUAUUCCCCUCCUUGAAGCCCCAGUUCAAGGCCCAGGAACAAAGGGGAAAGGUAACUGAUCUCUCUUUUGGUCUUUCUCUCCCCUCACUUCCACCCCUUCACCUGCAGGACCUCCUCUUUCAUAAAUAGAGGAAAGCCUGUGGGAUCAGGUACAUAUGUAAAUACUGCUGACCUCGGCCGCCCCUCCUCACUGAAAAGCAGAAAGCCCGUUUCAGGUGCGGGCUGCUCCGUGCCUUUGAGUGUCCACCACUUCUAUUCCCCCAGAGUGCGUGGGAUUCAAGGCCACUCACUUAACAUCCCUUUCUUGUUAAAAACAUUCAGGACAACUAUUAAAUAGUUCUUGGAAGAGUUAAAGACCUUCUUUCAGGAGUGAAACGUUUUUAAAGCUGUGCUUGGCAGAAGUCUUUAAGGCGUACAAAGUAGAAUCGGUAGACUUGCCUGAGCGAUUUUGAAAUUUGAAAGAUUUCUCCCCAUGAAGUGGUAAUUUAAAGUAGUUCAUAGAUGCUGUUUUGUUCUAUGAUGGCUUCUUCACUAUUGUCACCUAAAGAUUCUCAAGACCAAGCUACUAAGACAUUUCUUUUCAUUUGGUUAGUUUCUGGGUGAUACUAUGCUUUCUGAUUAGACCUAUUUAAUUUAUUUUUUAACUCUGCAGGAGAGUUUUCAUCCUUGGAAAUGUAAGUGAAACACAGACUCACUUCUGAGACCUUGGUAGGGGCAGAAGGAACAAAUCUGGCUAGCCCCAUUCACACCUGGAAGUUUCCCUGUCUAAACCUGGGUACAGUGAGGAUGGUGGGUUUUGACACCUUUUAUUUUAUUGCUGGCUCAAGAAAAAUUCUUUGAAAUGAACAUCUAUUCUAUUUCAAUGUGCAAUGUUCCAGCCGACUUAAUGGGCUUGCCUUAUGCGGAGAGGCAGUCCUGCAGGACAGAGCUAAUGUGUGGUCUCUCAGGAAGCUCAUCAGAACACCUCCUGUCCCUUUUCUUUAAAAGAAAAAAAAAAAUCUAAAAAGUUUUUGCUUCCCUUUCAAUGUCCAUUCCAUUAUUUUGUAGCUACAAUAAUGAAACAUGGGCAGCAGUGAUCAUUCUUUUUGUCCUAU